UUUGGAGAAAUAAGAGGCGUACUUGCAAAAUGCAAACUUAGCCGACUUAACAUUGAGCAUUUUGUUUCAUUGCGCUGGUAGAUUUUGUGAGGUCAUGUUCAUCUACUUUCCGUUCUUCGCAGUGUUUGCAUAGCAGGGAGGAUUUACAUUAAGGUUUAGUAAUGUAUACGCAGCGACGGCAGAAACAGAGCUUAGAAGUCAAUGGCAUUCCCACAAGUUUCGUUGGGAAAUCAUUAACAAAUUAGAGCUAAGGCAUACGAGAGAAAGAGAGAGAAACUGUGGCAGUAGGCCGUUUGCGUGCGUUUUAGUCGGACGACGGCAUGGCGAUGCUUUCAAGAGUUGCAAUCAACGGAUAAAUCACAUAACAGCGAAUUAGAGAACUGGAAAUGCCGACCAUCUUUGCAUGGUCAGAAUGUUGCUGUUUAACAACACUAUACCGGGAAACAACAGACCAACAUCGGACAAUUUAAGCAUUAUGACAUCGCUUGGUCGGGGAAACCAGCGCAGUGAUUUUGCUGUGGAAAGUUUGUUGAAUGAAAACCAGUAUCGGGUCCUCGGUAAGAAAGGGGAAGGGACCUUUUCAGAGGUGCUGAAAUGCCAACACAUAAAAGAAGGUUCUUACUGGGCAUGCAAGAAAAUGAAGCAACAUUAUGACAGUAUGGAGCAGGUGAACAACUUGCGUGAGAUCCAGGCCUUGAGAAGGUUGAAUCCACAUCCCAAUGUUAUCAACCUACAUGAGAUUCUAUAUGACAAGAAGACUGGGGUCUUGGUGCUUAUUUGUGAACUCAUGGAUAUGAAUAUAUAUGAGCUAAUAAGAGGCAAAAGACAGUAUCUCCCUACUCAAAAGGUCAAACUCUUCAUGUAUCAAUUACUCAAAUCCAUAGAAUUUAUGCAUAGGAAUGGAAUAUUUCACAGAGAUGUUAAACCAGAAAACAUUCUUAUAAAGGAUGAUGUUUUAAAAUUGGCUGACUUUGGUUCAUGUAGAAGCAUAUAUUCAAAACAGCCAUAUACAGAAUAUAUUUCUACACGAUGGUACCGUGCUCCAGAAUGUCUUCUUACAGAUGGGUAUUAUUCUUACAAGAUGGAUAUCUGGAGUGUGGGCUGUGUAUUCUUUGAGAUUGUCAGUCUGCAUCCAUUGUUUCCUGGUUCCAAUGAGGUCGACCAGAUUGCCAAAAUCCAUGAUGUUUUAGGGACUCCAGACCCAAGCAUUCUCAACAAACUGAGAAACAAAACAAGAGGAAUGAAUUUCAACUUUCCCACCAAGAAGGGAAGUGGAGUCGAGAAGUUGGUUCCUCAUGCAUCUCAACAAGCCAUAGAUCUGAUUUACAAGAUGUGUGCCUAUGAUCCAGAUGAAAGGAUAUCGGCUAAGCAAGCACUCAAACAUCCUUAUUUUAAGGAGUUAAGGGAUGCUGACAAGAAGGCACAUGCCAAUACAAAGUCAACAAAUAAAAUAACAGAGAAUACAGGCAAAGACAUUCGUGUAGAGAUCACUGAAAAAGUGGAUGCUGCGGCAGAAAAUGAUAACCACAAAGUUGACAAUGUCUCCACAGCAGCCUCUCAUAGUCAUAAUAGUAACCAUAUCAGUCAUCAUAACCUUGUACAUAACAAACAGACUUUGGAUAGUAAUGCAAUAAACAGUAUAGCCAAGACUAUCACCUUGCAGCCACAGAUUCCACAAAAGAGAAAGAAGAGACACAAAAGGAUAUCUGACCAGGCCACAAUGCUUCCAAAAGUCACCCAGUCCCAGACAACAGCUCUGAAUCCCAGUUACCCGUCCACAACAUUCUCCACUGGUCACUUCCCCAAACUGACUGCCACGGGGAAUACCACCAUGUUGCCUAGCAUUGCUAAUGCUUACAAAACUAAAGCGAAGGGUCCAAGCCAGGCAACCAAGACAAUGUUUGGUCAUUAUCAGCUACCAUCUAUAGACAGACGGGGUGCGGGUUACUGACUAGAGGAAAUCAUGAAGAAUAAGAAGAAAAAAGGACAUUAAUAAAACUGGCAAAAGGUUGUGGCACUGUUCACUUGUCACUGUCUCCUCAGUUUUGAUGGAGUGGACUAGAGAGAAUCAACAAACAUGAGCAGAGAUCAACAAAAGAAAAUCAUACGUGUGUGGUGUCUCUGCUGGUACAAAACUGCUGGAAAGUUUCACUGGAAGAUGAAUGGACAAUAACCAUUCGACCUGUGACUGUCUGAUAUCUUAUGAUAUUAUAUACACUAUGGUUGAGUAUGAUGAAGUUGUGUUGGCUGGGAAUAUCUGAAUAUUGAAAAGUUCAUGGCAGUUCAUUAGGAGCUCAUAAAGAACUUUAUUACGAAAUAUGUUUUUUUUCCCCCGAAAACUGGAUGCCAGGAACUGUGUAGAAAAUGCAAAUUCAUUGCUUAAAUAGUGAAAUCCUUAAGUCAUUUUUACAAUUCAACACUGCUGUUAAAACAAAUAUCUCUCCUUGAAUGAGGGAUGGAGUUGAGAAUAAUCCUUCACUUAGAACAUGGAGUUUCAGUGAACAGGCUUCCAUUUCCCAAUGACUGUUGUGUUCUGCUUCCUACAGCCAACUGACACAAGACUGCUUUUGAUGCUGGAUUCUUGCCAGGGUGGCAGAUAUACACAAUUAAUUAUUAACUGCUCAGGUACCAAAGUGGUUGGAUCAGAAGGACCUACAUUUUUGGACUUAUUUUCAAAUAAGGAGCUUAAGGAUGUAGGACUUGAUGUAAAGUUGCAAAGCCUUCCACUUUGGUGUAAUAUCAAAUGUUUCUACUACCAUUUUCGAGGAAAGUUCCAGAUAUAUGCCAAUGGCAUGUUAUGUUAGAGAAGAGUCUCAGUUCUUGUCAUGUUACAUUCAUCUGUGAUAUGUAAAGCAUUGAUUGUUGUUUGGUUCAAAAUGUUAACUGAAGAUGUCCCAGUGAGAAGAAACUGUGCAAGAUUGUUUGGCUCAAGUGUGACCUGGUAUUACGGUGGACUGCCAGAUGUGAAUGGCAAAAGUGGUAGUAAAACUGGUGCUGUACUUAUCAAAUGAUGUCUUCAUGUAUGUAAAUAUAUAGUGUAAAAUAUAUAGCAUAAUUAUUACCAUUGCACCAAAGGGCUGUCACAGCUCAUCAUGGCAGUAUUUUGUAAAUUAUGGGUUUUAGAGUCUAUACUGUAGUCGUAGCUAGUGUAUGCAUAGCAGGAUAUAGCUGGCAUAUACAACAGGGUUGUGAAAUUGAAAGGUCUGGUGUUAAUAACAGUUGAGCUGUUAUAUUUCAGAUUUUCAUAUUUUCUCUAUAUUUUUGCAAUACCCAGUUCACACUAGUCUUCAAAACAUUUUCAUUGUGGUUUUGAGAGGCUAGAUAUAACAGAAAAAGUAGUCUUGCAGAACCCCUGGAAAGUGCUCAAGAAAGAUCACUUCUCAUAUUUUUGAUAUAUCUGCUGUUUCUGUUUUAUUUCACAAUUGAAAGUUUAUUUUAGGAGGAAGAAAAAUGAGGCAAAAAUGUUAUUUGAGGUCACAGUUCACAAAUUUCUGAAACUUCAUUUGCAAAUUUCUAAGUUAAUGACAAUCAUUUCUUUCUUUCUAAUUCUGAUAUCAUUGAUUUUUUGCACAAAUUAUCAAAUUACAAAGUUGCAUUGUACAGAUUUUAACAAUCACUUUGAUAUAUUUAUUGGUGGUGGUAAUACUGCUUUUCAAAAAACUGUAAAAUAGACAAUCACAUCAAUAUUUUAUUCAAUAAUGUAGUACAGUGGAAUAGCAGGAAG